AUGCUACGUCCCGACUAUCUCCCAGAGCCAUCCCCACUCACGUUCCCCAACCGGCGCACGGGACCCCCAUCAACGCCCCGUGUGGCCAUAUUGAGAGAGUUCCCCAGUCUCACCCAGUCCCCAGACAGGUCACUCCCGGUGGCUCACGAAGUCGUGCACCACGUAGAAACCACUUGUCCUCCGGUUUUCGCCCAGCCCUGGUGUCUGCAUCAUGAAAGGCUGAAGAUCGCCCAAGCUGAAUUUGAACACGUGCUUUCCAUCGACGUUGUGAGACCCUCCUCCAGCGAUUGGUCCUCUGCCUCGAAUAUGGUCCCUAAGAAGACCGGCAAUUGGCGUCCUUGUGGGGACUACCGGGCCCUAAACCUCGUCAUCGUUCCUUACCACUAUCCUCUACCGCGGUUACAGGACUUCACUGUGAACUUGCACGGUACCACCCUCUGCAGCAAGAUCGACCUAAUGAAGGCGUACCACCAGAUCCCGGUUGCCGCCUCUGAUAUCGAGAAGACCACCAUUACGAAACCUUUUGGACUGUUCGAAUUUCCACGUGGCCCGCGUACAGCAGCAGCAAGGUCUCCAGAGCAGGCUGCUAUUCCCUACGACGCUGAUGAGAGUGCGGAGAUGCCACGUGAUAGGAGGUCAUCAGCUCAAGCUUCUCCACGUGCACAUUUGUCACCAGAGCCCGUUCUUAGAGAAACUAAGCAAUUGAGUGCUCUGGAAAUGGAGGACUCUGGUGCCGUACCACCUCUGCUGGCAGCAGAGAUACCCACAGAGCAGCCGAUACACCUACCUGAUGAGGGCUUUGAACAAGCAGGAAUUCCAGAAGCUGAGAUCACACAUGAAGAAGUGAGCCUCAGAGAGGAGCCUGAAAGGCAGACUCAGGCGCCUUAUUCGCCCGCAAAGGUGCCACAAUCGCCUCCACCAGUGUACCCAAGUGCCAAACGUGCCAGGCAAGAACCUUCCAUCACUCCUAAAGAAGCUGCGAUAUCUCAAGGACGCUCCUGGAAACCUUCCUAUGGGUUUGUGAUGCAGCACAUCAACUAUGCAUUGCAAUUGGAGACGCACGUCCUUCAUGGCCCAGGAGCUCCAGAGCAAGAUAUCAUCCCUUUCAACCACCUCGUCGUGCGAGAUACUUUUACACGCUGGACAGCUGCAGGGUGGUUCUCCGCACUGCUUGAUAUGCACGAGCACCGUCUUAUCCAUCUAACGCAGGAUGACCAAGAAGAGUACUCUAGCUCACUGUAUGGUGCUAUCUACAUUCAGAAGCUGCCGUAAACAACUCAAUUUAUGUUGACAUUCCUACCUGUUUAGUGACUGACAGCUACAGACGUUGCCACAAUGUAAGCCGUAUUAUUUAAUGUCUUAUUUAGUUAGUUAGUUAGUUUUUAUGUAAUUUAAUAUUUACAAUGUUGCGAUAAGUUUUACGCAUAUCAGUUACUCUGGGUUUCUUUUUAUGUCCCAGUUUAAAACCUGUUAUACAGACGAGCCCAUUUGUGGGACAGUAUUUCAAAUAAAAUAAGUACUUUGUUUUGUUGCUGUUCUUGA